CGUUUUAUGCAUCUUUAAUUGGUUCAUGUGCCUUUCAAUAAAAUAUAUAGAUAUAUAUUUUAUAUGUAUGUUAUAUUAAAAUUAUACAAAAGAAAAAACUUUCAAUUUUAGUGAAAACUGUUAUAAUAUAAUUUAUGUUAAAUAAGAUCAAAUUUUGCAAUGCAAUGCUAAUAAUGAUGUUCAUUUAAUUAUUAAAAAAUAAAUAUCAAAGUAUAAAAAUAAAUAUCAAGAAAAAAUGUUUUUAGUAGGUUUGACAGGUGGAAUAGCUACUGGAAAAAGUAGUGUUGCUGCUGUUUUUCAAGAAUUCGGCAUACCUGUCAUUGAUGCUGAUCAAAUUGCACGAAAAGUUGUAGAACCUGGAAAACCAGCUUGGCAUAAAAUACGUAAAGAAUUUGGUUUGGAAAUAUUUUUAGAUACAGAUGAACUUGAUAGAGCAAAACUUGGAGAUUUAAUAUUUAACGAUAUAGAAAAAAGAAAAAAAUUAAAUGCUAUAACACAUCCAUAUAUAUAUAAGAAAAUAUAUUGGCAAGCAUUUAAAUAUUUUUUACAAGGUCAUCAAUUUAUACUCAUGGAGUUGCCAUUACUUUUUGAAACAGGACAUAUGUUAAAUUACUUACAUAAAAUAAUUGUUGUAACUUGUGAAGAAGAUUUACAAUUACAACGACUUAUGGAAAGAACAGGAUUCACAGAAGCUAAAGCAAAAUUAAGAAUUGCUGCACAAAUGUCAUUAGAAAAGAAAGCAGAAAUGGCAAAUUUUGUUAUUGAAAAUUCUGGUAGUGAAUAUGAUACUAGGCAGCAAUCUAUUAGAAUCAUUAAUGUUUUAAAAGCUUCCAAAUAUCAUUGGAAAUUACGAUUCUUAGUUGGAUUUUGUUGUACUAUUUUAUUAGCAGGUGUAUAUUGGUUAAAAAAUAGAACUUUACGAUCUUUGCUAACAAUAGCAUAAAAAAUAUUACUUAUAAAUAUUUAUAAAUAUUUGUGAAUACAAAUAUCAAAUUAUGGUUGAAUAUUACAUUUAUCAAAUUUAAAAAAUUAAAAAAUUAAUCUGCUUGUAAAUAUUGAUAAAAUAGUUAAUCAAAAUAUGUAAUUAUUACACAUUCUAAACAUAUUUUUAAAAAAUAAAAUGUAAUAAUUAUUAUUAUUGUUAUGUAUAUUAUAUAUUAUAAACAAAUUUUGAA